UUUCGUGAAUUAAGAUUCCUACGUGAAGCGUGAAACAUAAGUUUUCCUUGCGUUAUGUCGUGAAAAGGCUUCAACUAUCCGUGAAUUUGUGAAUGAAAUUUUGAAUGAUAAUUUAAAAAAUUGCCUCAAUUUAGUUCGUAAGAAACCAAUAAUAGUUAAACCUCAAAUUAGUAUUCAAAGCUUGAAAGUAGUGUUGUAGUCCUUCAAACAAGGCUCUGAUGAGCAAUAGCUGAUAUUACAUUUAGUGCAGUCAUGAAUGCGUGAAAAGUCAAAAAAUUGUGCUUGAAUGCGUGAAUCUUAACCACUAUGGGGUAGACUUUUUAAAUAAAAACGGAGACCUCUCUGCUCUUUGUUCAAAUGCUGAAGUAGACUUCUGAAAUAAAAACAUGAUGUGUGAAGGCAGACUUUUAUUCUAUCAAGGUAAGGAAUAAGAAAAGGAAAGUUGGAGGAAAUAUUUCGAAAUCCAUAGUAACUAAGUACAGAAAGUUAAAGCUAGAUGUCUUUGAAACAAGGAGACUGGGUCGAGUUAAUUGGCGCCAAAACCAAUUUGAAUGACGCGAUGUUUUCAUUCAUGAAAAAAUUUCGUCAAAAAUAAAACAGUUUUCUUUGUUUGCUUCGAUACUUUAAUUGAUGACAUUUUGCAAAAUGUACACAAUUUCAUCGUUUUAAGCGAAUUGUUAAAAGAAGAUAGCAGAUAAAGAGUCUUUACAACAGCAGGAAUAAAGUCAGAGAGGAAAAGUGAGGAAUUUCUUUAAUUUCUAAUGUUCUUGGCAUUAAAGUACAAAGCUUUUAAUUACCGCUGUUGGGUUGGUAUGAACUAGUCGCGAGAAAGUUAGGAUUAUAGAUUUGCUUCGUUUCCUUACAGUAACUAUCCACAUUUUAUUUUCCCUUGUCAUGUCUUAUCAGCUGCUAAUACAAAAUGUUUUGUUGUCUUCUCCUCAGGCUCCAAGUUGCCAAAGAAUGUCUACAAUACUUGCUCAUUUAAAGCAAAGAAAACGGAAGUAUCAUUUUAAUUCAAAAUUCACUCGAAGUAGCAAAAGAAGGUACCAAGAAAGCAUUGAAAUUUGGAACUUCGCAAACCCAGGAGGUGUUUUUGCAUUUUUACCGGUCGAAGUUUGCUACAACAUUUUUAAAAACACACCCUUGAAAGCCUUGGGAAUGCUGAGCUUGACGUCAAGGACUUUGCGAGAUACUGUUGUUCAUUUUUUAUAUAGUUCUCAAUCAGCUGAUAUUGUUGUUCCAUUUAUUUUUUUGGGAAAUGAAACAAAUACGACCAUGGAAACUUUGAAGUUUCACAACCAUUACAAAAGCCUAGGAAUUUUAGUAAAGAGGUCUUCGUGUUUAUUUUCAACGAAAGAGAGACUGCGAAAAGUUGGUCAAGUACUAGAUAUGCUUCGUGAUGCUCAUAUCAGAAUCUGCAACGACUUAGGCAGUGAUUUGGCCUACAGCUGCUACGGGCAAUUUUUGCAUGCCUUUGUUGCUGGUUGGGAACUGGAAGAAAAAUCUAAAGCAUUUAUCGCAAUUAAAGGAGCAUCACUAUUGGAAGAGCGAAUCGAGAAGGUAUUGAAAUCAGAGCCUGGGAAAUACCCUGGCUAUGAGAGGUACAUUAGAGUAUUUUGCCGCGAGAUCUUUCUAGACAAAUCUGACAGCUCAGAAGUGGCUUUCUGGCUAGCCCAGCUUCUCAAACCUUUGCCAAUGUGCUUCCAGUCCAACCUGUUGUUCAUUCUGUAUGGACCAACGGAUAGUGAAACAGAUGAAAUCCAAUGGGAACUUGUAACUUCGUCAUCCAACAUACCAAAAAUUGCGCUUUCAGAGCUUGGAAGGACGUUUAGAAUAAUGUGGAGUGAUUCAAAAGGAAACUGGAAUGCGGAUGAUACCGUCAGUCUUUUUGAAGAGCUAACGGCCGUACCAUCAGAAUGGAACAUCGAGUGUAUAUCAUCGUUAUUGGCCCAGUGUGGAGAGAAAUUUUGCUGCGAAGUGUUGGGGAACAAAGCUAUGAAUGGAAGAACACGGGAACUGGCGUAUCUCCUGUAUCACAUAUGGCAGAGACGUUUUACAUGGAAUUCAAAGUCAGUGUUUGGCAAACGUGAACAGAGCCAUUGGUUUGUGUCACUACUAAGAAGCUUGUCAAACAUUUUGAAGAACGAAAAAACAUUUAACUCAAUAAUCAGCCAAUUGUUUGGUAUUUGGGAAGAGUUUAUCAUCGACGGUCUUGAUGACCUUCAAUAUAUGUCAGACUCACAGACAGACGAUGAAGAUUUCCAGCUUCGAGGCAGACUGCAAAGCAUCAUCUCAUUGGUUACUUGUCUUCUACCAUAAUCAAUUCGAAGUAUGUUGCUAGACAAUAUAUUUAUGCAGUGAGCUUUCCCACCGUUUCUUAGUUACCUGUACAAUAAAAUGUAGAAUCUACACGAUGUAGAAUCUUGAUUAUACACCCAUGGUAUACUGGAUUAUCGAGAACUGUGGGUCCUUGAAUUAGCCUCUGAGAAGAGCCCUGAAAAGCCCCUAUCUAAGUGAAGACUGUCUCUCUGAACGCAAUGAAAAUACACCAUGUUAUUGGUGUGUUUGCUGAAAUAUUUUGUUUUCUGUCCUCCUCAGUCGGUCAUUUGUUGCUGUAAAAGAGGUACAUGGAAAGUUUAUUCCUGCAACAACAUCAUCUGAUAUUGUAUGGUUCCAAAUGAGAGCGAACUACAGUAGAAACCCGCAUAAAAGAACCUAGGUUUUUUUCUGGCAGCCUGAAUAGGUUCUUAAUUAACAGGUUGCUAUUCUAAAUUCCAGUCUAAAAGGUUCUUAACAAGGUUCUUCUGGGUUUUUACUGUAUACUAGCUACCGUUUUUCAGAAUUAGGUUUUUGGCAUUGCAGAUUGCGCUAAAGCGAUAUUAAGCUGUCACCUUCUGGCCUGGGAACAUUCUAGCAUCCUCGAGCUUCACAAUAAGCCUAAAAACCUUGCAUCUUUUCUUAAUUUUUGCCACAUGCAAUGCUUCAGUUGUUUUAGAGUUCUCAAUAAAGAACUACUUAAUUUAGCAAUGGAUUUUGAAAUAAGCAUAUUGUAAUCCCCAUACGGUAAAAGGUAAUUAGAAAUGUAAUUCAUGAUUUCAAUUUUUCCCUAGAAGCGACCAGUAAAUCCUUAUAAACUCAAUUUUCUCUUCCAGUAGUUUUAGAAUUCACAAAUCUAUAAUAUAAAUCCUAUGUUUUCGGUUUAUCAAUUUCUUAACGGCCUACAAAUGUUAAUAACAAACCCUUGAUGCCUUUAGCAAUAGUUACUAGGGAUGGCAGAAAAGGGUGUUCUUACAGCUCUCAUACAAGACCUAUUGUUUCUGUUUAACACCGAGGCACUAUCGCAUAAUGAAAACAAGGGUAGCCAUUUUCAAAAAAGCAAUAUCUUCCUAAUGAAUAUUAUAUAAGAUAUGAACCUAGAAGUAAAUUUUAUCAGAAAAACAGGGCAAACUGAUUUUUGUACCAUGUACAUUCUGAAGGUGUUCUCUCUUAUCAAAUUGUAGAUCAAAUAUUGAUUCUGGCCUUAUAAAUUUCAAAUGCUAUUUGCAGAAAAGACUGGUACACGAUACAUUAUUGAAUUUAGAAUCACCUUGCUACGCCUGAGAAACCCUAUAAUGAUGAUUUCUCUAACUUAAGAAUUAGACUGUCAGACAGGGCCGCGUAGGUCCCCCCAGUCUCCCCGUUGUCUAGGAAUUGCUAUAAAAUGAUUCACCUUGGAAGGCUGAAGUUUGUUAGACGUGAAAUUACAAAGGCCGCUUUAAAUGUUCUGCAUUUAAAAUAUGCUAAAAUUUUGUUGCGUUUUAGAACAAUAAUUAAUUGAAUAAUAACUAAUUGAAAUCAAACAUUGAAAAUUCAUAGUUAAUAAAUUCACUGCAGAAGUGUAAAUAAGUUACUUGAAUAUUGAUUAUCUGGGUAAGAUUACCUUUUGCUUCUACUUUGAUCUCAGUCUGAAGUUAAAUAGGGUCUUCACCCUUCAACGAUAUCAGUGUUGUGGAGACAGUCCUUUUGUUCUCCUCCCUAAUUCGGAAACGUGAUUUGGUCGUCAAGCGCCAAUCCAGAGAAAAAUUAGGGGGAGUUUACUUAACGAUCAAAAGGAGGCAGGGGUGCCGUCCUAAAAAUUAGGAAGAGGGAUGUGAUGUAGAAAAUUUCAAACCCAGGACCACACCCAUAGCCACACCCUAUAUACUUUCAUUUGUGUUAAAGGUUCUCUGUUGGGUAUAUGAAAUCUUUAAAGCUACUCACGGACACAAAAAUGUUGAUAGGAAAUUGCUUAUUAACGAAAAGUCAUAAUAAUAAAAGUAAAUUCAUAUUUUCAAGUAAGAAGAUCGCUGAACAAGGAUAUACUGGCUUGUUGAAAGGAGCUUACUCCCCAAAUUUUUUGGCGAUAUAACAUUUUGAAGUGGCUUUGAAAAAAGCAAAGAAUUUACAACGUACAGUAUGUUGUCAAAUGUUUGCUUUCGUCAGAGCCAUUUACAAAUAGAAAUCGAAGAGAAAAUGCUUUUAAUCAAGUAGGUCUAAAUUCUGGCUGCGUUACUUUUGUUUUGCUGCUGAUAUGUUGUAGAACAUCGGUAUCUGUUGGUCUAGCACGUUUUGCACUCUAAAAAGGAACAUUAUUACACAUAAUGGAUACACCCUUUGAGAACAAAUUUCAGAGCAUGUGCCCCUUCCCCGAUAAGGAAAUCACGAAGCUCCUGGGUUACCACAAUUGGUACAGAAGCCACUCAAGAUUUACGCAGGCAUAUGAUGCCUGUAAGCUUGUGAUUUCCGGAAAAUAUGCCAAGAAUAAAGUAAGAAUUUUAAGCAGAGAUGUACAGUAAUCUUCUUGUUCCUUUACCGUAAUUUGUUCGGAUUAUUGAAGCAAGAAUGGGGACCAGAUGGAUUCACCAUUGAAUUUAGUCGUGAAAUGGCGCCGAUACGCACCUCCGUAAACACCAGCACUUUGCCCAUUAUUAAGUGUAACAAGAAAGAUCAUCCAUUGAUAUGAACUUCGUGGGAAAUUUGAAAUUUAACAAUUGUCUUUGACAACCAAACGAGUCUCUUUAUUCGCGAACGACCAAUCGCUUGGUUGCAUGGUAGACGAAACAAGAAACCGAGGGCUCAAUGUCAUACAAAUGUGCAACAAUUCUCAUCUUUAAGUCUCAAGAAAACAAUCAGAAAUGUAUAGUUAAUGACGUCACUUAUCUAAAUAAAGUUCAUGACGUGAUUACUUUGAGACAUUAAAGCCCUUACCGUCCAGAUACUGCCACCUUAACUGCAAUCAUCAUUGGUAAAGUAGCUGAUAUUCAGCAAUUUAUUAAUAUUGCCCAGGGGCAGAGCUUUUUCUAAGGAAAUUUCCAGCUCCACAAAUUAUCAUCAAAUUUCUUAGCGCUAUUUGCCCUUUAAAAGGUUUCUGUAAGAGCAAAUGCAAACCAUGUUUUCAUUGUAGUUGUCUGUUACAUACAUGGGUUGGCAGGGCCGCCAAGAUUUUUUGAGGGUGCAAAAUUAAAAAGAAGAGGCCCCUACGAUCGAAGCAAGCCGAAAAUUUUUGCAGCUUCACCCGUUUAAUUAGCUUAAAAAUGCAUUUCAGGAUGUUCCUUGCAGUCGUU